AUGAAAAACACUGAGAUAGUGAAGCAAAUCCGUCUUGAAUCCUCCAUACUUUUUGUCUUCGCGUUGUGUAUUUUCCUGGUGGUGUACGUGUACGUGGAGGGGCUGAUGCGCGCGAAGAUGCAAAAGAAGAGGCGACCUGAGACCAUGGAGCACGUGACGACAGACACGAUGCUCCCUUGGUGGGGCAAUGAUGCCGAGUAUGAAAGUCAAGUGAAACGUAUUUUUGUUGAAGAAUGGCGCCGGGCUCGUGCGAGCUCGCGUCGCGUUCAGACGUUUCAAGAUGGCGUGGCUCGGGAGUCGUUGGAUGAGGAUACCAAAAAGAAAAUGGAUCUCAAAAUAUUUACGGUAACAGCUGAACGCCUGCGGGAGAUGCGUGAACGUGCGGACAAACAAAAUGGUCGUCAAUAA